AGAUGGCGCAAGUGAUCCAGCUUCCUUGGGAUUAGCGGCAGAUUGCAGCUUGCAUCACUUUUGCGUUACACCAUCAAGUGGCUUCAAAGCUGCAAACCAUGAAAUGGCAUUCAAAGGCAAAACGGUCGAUUCAAAGACCGUGCUGCUCAAUCUGCUGCUGUGCCUGCUCAUAUUUUACUCCCUUUUCUACAUGAUCGGGAGUGUGUGCUUCGGUGCUUUCAGGUUGGAUCACUUUGACGGGCUGAUUCCAUUCGAUUUUAAAACUGAACCUGCUGAGUCUAACUCCAAAUACCUGGUCAACCUCCUCUCCUUGGAGCUGACCUACUUUUGUAGUGGCAUACUGUUUGCUGCAGUGGUGAAGAGGCGGGUUUGGGACUACGCCCUCACUGUCACACUUCUUCAUGUUAUGAUCACCAGCCUGGUGAUGUUGGAGUUUCCCACAGUGUGGCAGUGGUGGCUGGCUUUAGGUAGCGGCUUGUUUCUGAUGAUUUGCAAUGGUCAGCUGAUUGCUUACUUCACAUGUCAGAGUGAGCAGAGCUACGCCACUUUCAGCUACUACUGACAAGCUGGAAAGGAGGCAAAAAAUUAGGAUAACAUCAGCUCAUUUAAAUUAUUCUGUUAAAAGGGUUAAACUUGUGUUCAUAUGCAUUCACUACACACAGAGUGGUCUAUUUCAAGCUUUUAUUACUGUUAAUUUUGAUGAUUAUGUUUUACAGUUAAUAAAAGCCCCAAAUUCUGUCUCUUAGAAAAUUCAAAUGUUACAUAAAACCAAUGAAAAUGAUUGUUAAAAUGUAAAAGACUGCUAGAAGCUGACUCCUCACAGACUGCUGUAUCCAAGCAUAUCAGUGGAAAGUUUAGCGGAAAGAAAAUAGUAAUAGUAGAAAAAGGUGCAUAGGAAAAGGGCUGAUUACAGUGAAGUUAAGUGUUUAGUGGGAGAUUUACAAGACGUGGACAGUACCUGCAUUCAGAGCUUCAUGAACUUCCACAGACAGAACAUGGGCUACAGCUGUCCUGUUCUCAUGUGAAGUCACCGCCAAACCAGAAACAACAGAAACCUCCGAACUGGGCAAAAGACAAAACGCACUGGUCUAAGCAUGGUCUGGUUACUGGUAUUAAAGCUGCAGAUGGUAACUUUUAUUAAAAAAUGUAUGUUUUUUACAUAUUUGUUGAAACUGUCACCAUGUUGUGGCUGUAUAAUAUGAGACUGAUAGUCUGUGAAAACAAUCAAGCUCCUCUGCCUCCUCCCAAUGGUCCUACUGAUACCUGCAGAAAUUCUCAGCUCAGUCAGAAACAACCAAUCAGAACAGAAGAGGAGGGUCUUAGCACUUUCAGUUACGCUUGUGUAUGUGCUGCUCACACGUUCCUCCACUGCCGUGAAUGUUCGGGCUAGUUAGCUUAGCCACAGAUGACGGAUAAACAGUUUCCUGAAACAGUAAGUUCUUUCUCCGCCAUUAGCACAUUGAGCAAUGCGUACAUAAGGUUGAUUGACAUCGCUAAGACCCUCCUCUGGGCUGUGAUUGGUUGUUUUUGACUGAGCUGUGACUUUCAGUUAGCAGUAGGAGCACUGGGAGGAGGCGGAGGAGCUUGAUUGACAAUCUGAAAUUCACAGCUCAGUCAAAAACAACCAAUCAGAGCCCAGAGGAGGGUCUUAGCAAUGUCAAUCAACCUUAUGUACGCUCUGCUCAAAGUGCUAAUGGCGGAGAAACAACUUACUGUUUCAAGAAACUGUUUAUCUGUCAUCUGUGGCUAAGCUAACUAGCCCGAGCAUUUACAGCAGUAGAGGAACGUGUGAGCAGCACAUACACAAGCAUGACUGAAAGUGCUAAGACCCUCCUCUUAGUUCUGAUUGGUUGUUUCUGAUUGGAGCAGAGCAUUUGUGCAGAUGGGAGUAAGACCACAGUGAGAAGGCAGAGGAGCUCAAUUUUUUUCACAGAUUAUCUGUCUCAUACUGUCACAACAUAGAGACAGUUUUAACAAAUAUGUAAAAAAAACAACAUAUUUUUUAUAAAAGUUACCAACUGAAGCUUUAAGGUUUACCAAGGCUUUAAACGGUUACAGUUUUAAAACGCUAAAGCUUUCUGUCAUACUAUUCUCAUUGUUUAUGGUUCUUUCAGUGAGACGCCAGAGAAAGCAAUGGAGUGAUGGAACUUCUCUCUGGCUCUAAGGAUUAUAGAGGAACACAGUGCUCCCCUCCCCUACGUGUUGCUGCACACUACCAGGUAGCAGCCUAAAAAAGGCUGAUUUAUUUUCCUUCACUGACAAGAAAUACAAAUCUGGCUAUUUGGAAGUAUUUCUGCUGUGAUAAACACAGACAAUCAUGGUUUGGGUUCCUUUUGCCUGACUUAUUUCAUGCAGUCUCUGCUUUUGUGUUAAUAGCUUCCUUUCUAUCACUCGUCUCCAUUUUAUGGAUCUCAUAUCUCAUAUUUGCCUUUUGACAGCGAGCCGUUCAUUCUCUGUGACAGUGGUGCCUAAGUCCAGUCCUCGAGAUCUGCCGUCCUAAAACUUUUAGAUUCCUCUCGUCUCCAGCACACCUGAAUCAAAUGCCUCAUUACCAGGCACCUGUAGAGCUAAAAGCCAUUUGAUUCAAGUGUUGAAGAGAAGGGAUGUACAAGUUAUGGACUUUU